CAGAUCUUCAUCAAGCGUCCAAUUGUGCAGAUUCGGGAAUUUGGAUGAAACCUCCUUUGCAUAAGUAUAUUUUUAGCUCGGUUCACUGCUGCAGACAGACAUCAUCCAACCAGCCAGUGACGUGCAAGCCAAACAUAUCUGAAGAAGGUCGUUGCAGCUAAUGGCAUCCUCCGCCGGCGACCCGCUCCUCCCCGGCGAGGACGGCGGCCGCCGCUGCGACUUCCUCCCGCAGUCCGUCCGCCUCAAGACCUCCGUGUGGUCGGAGCUGGGCGGCGCGGUGGGCGACCUGGGCACCUACAUCCCCAUCGUGCUCGCUCUCUCCCUGGCGUCCCACCUCGACCUCGGCACCACCCUCAUCUUCACCGCGCUCUACAACUUCGCCACCGGCUUCCUCUUUGGGAUCCCCAUGCCCGUCCAGCCCAUGAAGUCCAUCGCCGCCGUCGCGCUCUCCUCCGCGCACCUCACCAUCCCGCAGAUCAUGGCCGCCGGCCUCGCCGUCGGCGCCGUGCUCAUCGUCCUCGGCGCCACCGGCCUCAUGACCUCCCUCUACCGCGUCCUCCCGCUGCCCGUCGUCCGCGGCAUACAGCUCUCCCAGGGCCUCUCCUUCGCCUUCACCGCCGUCAAGUACAUCCGCUACUCCCAGGACUUCUCCACCUCCUCCUCUGCCUCCACCUCCACCCCUCGCUCCCUCCUCGGCCUCGACGGCCUGGUGCUCGCGCUCGUCGCGCUGCUCUUCAUCAUCCUCGCCACCGGCUCCGGCGACGACGAGGACGGCGACGGCACCAACCGUCGGCGCCGUCGCGCCUGCAGCCGCGUCCCCGCGGCGCUGAUCGUCUUCGCGCUCGGCCUGCUGCUCUGUUUCGUUCGCGAUCCGUCGAUCGUGCAAGGCCUCCGAUUCGGGCCGGCGCCGCUGCGGCUGGUCAAGAUAACGUGGGACGACUUCAAGACCGGGUUCUGGGAGGGCGCGGUGCCGCAGCUCCCGCUCUCCGUGCUCAACUCCGUGAUCGCCGUCUGCAAGCUGUCGUCGGACCUGUUCCCGGAGCGGGCCGAGCUCUCGCCGGCGAGGGUCUCCAUCAGCGUCGGGCUCAUGAACUUCGUGGGAUGCUGGUUCGGCGCCAUGCCCUGCUGCCACGGCGCCGGCGGGCUGGCGGGACAGUACCGGUUCGGCGGCAGGAGCGGCGCGUCCGUCGUGUUCCUCGCCAUCGGCAAGCUCGUCCUCGGGGUAGUGUUCGGCAACUCGAUCGUGACCAUCAUCGGGCAGUUCCCGAUCGGCAUACUCGGCGUCAUGCUGCUCUUCUCUGGGAUCGAGCUCGCCAUGGCGUCGCGCGACAUGGGGACCAAGGAGGAGUCCUUCGUCAUGCUCGUCUGCGCCGGCGUCUCGCUUACUGGCUCCAGCGCCGCCCUGGGGUUCAUCUCCGGGAUUCUGCUCUACCUGCUGCUGCGCCUCAGGGACGUGGACUACAAAGGGCUUGUUGGUCGAUGGUCGCCGGCGAUCGGCGAACAACGCUAGGGAAGACGGUGAUGGAGAUGCUUCAUAAAAAUAACACGAGCUGAUGUUGAUUUCAAUGUUUAGAUAGUUCAUUGUUUGAACUUUGAAGAUGCUUCAUUGUUUAGCUAUCUGCUGAUAGGAUCUGAAUCCUUUACUGAACUUCCAAAAACAUGACCCUCCUGGUAAAGAUUCAGAGCCUUCCAUCGGCCUUUCUUCAUCGAGGUAUUCAUUCUUGCAGCAUGGUCCAUUUGGUGUACAGUAUCAGAAGUGAUCAGAUUUUCAGAGGCAUCAGUCCAAGCAUCUUCAGAUGCAAACCAAAGUUUAAGGAACAAUUGGCCAUGUUUUAUCCACAGAGCCAGAAGCAAGAAAUGCGUCAACUUCCAAUCAUGGAUUAGCUCUC